GUAUGGUCUGAAACUCUGAAUCCAAAACCCCUGAAAUAAAAAAAAUGAGUAAAUGAGUUCUUUAGUUUUAUCGUCCGAGGGACAAAAAUGGCGAGGGCUUUGUCCAACACGACCACAAACUCUAACCUCUACCACCACUCAGUUCUUACACCGCCGUAUCGGCUUCACCGUCGAAGCAUCGUCCUAUUCUCGUCUCCUCGCCGUUUACGUUGCCUUGCCGUUGCUGGGGGUCCUCCUUCUCCUCCAGGCCCUGAUCCGCCUCCGCCUGAGGACACUAGUCAACUUGAAGGUCUUGUGGGAUCAGUGACAAGGAUACAAGACCGAGUAAAGAUCUUCCUGGCAGUGUUUUUCUGGAUGUCUCUCUUCUUCUGGGUUACAGUAACAGAUGGGAGGGGUAAAGGGAAAGGCAAGAAAGGUUCUUCUCGUUUCAAAUAAGUUUCCAAAAUAUGAAGAGGCUUCUUUGGUGAUCUCAUCUACUAUCCUCCAAUAUAUAUAUGUCCAGAGUCAGAGAGAGAUCAAAUACCUGUAGAAAAAUUCACCAAGUAAGCAUCUUUCUUGUAUAUUUAUUACUCAGAUGAUAAUAGAAUACAAUAAUACAUCACAAGAUCGUCUUGCCUUGAUAGUUAGUUUAGUUAUCAUUCCUGAUA